AUCAUAAACCGCGCUACGUAUAUAACCGAUGCUCCGUCGAUCUGCUCCCUCAAUCGCGAUUUAAGUUUCGACGCGAACGGGAACCGCUAACGACGUACACCAUCGCCGAGGAAACAGACGAAUAGCAUCAUGUGGACCGCGUUAAUGUUGCUCUGCUUGAUCGCGUCGUUCGACGUGGACGCGGGGAAACUUUCGACGGAGGAUUCGAGCGAGCUGAGAUUGGAGGAUGCGGAACUUCCGGCUGCCAGGCUUCUCAGAAAGUUCCGCCCAAAUAGCCACACCAGAAGAUUGCACAUAGAGAAUCAAACUGGGUUCGACGGGAAGGUGGAGAGAAUUCAUAUAAACUCCGAGGAGGAUCUUCAUGGAAUUCGCGCGUACGGAAUGCCGAAGAAGAUUUUGGCGAGCAACGGUCGCAUCGACCGGAUGUCGCAGGCGGACGAUGUCGAGGGAAUGCAUGAUUUCGGUCCGAGAGCUCUACGGGCGGUCGAAGCCUACGGGAUGUCCAAAGAGCACCUAGAGACCAACGGAGAAAUCGAAAGGGUGCCGGUUCCAAGCAGCUAUCAGAUAAGAAGGGGUACAGGCGCGAGAGUAUCGAGAUCCAUCGACUUGGAACCGAAGCAAGAUAUCGAGGAGGAAUCGCUGAAUGGCGAACUGGAGGAUCUGGAGGCCCAGGACGCCAAAGUCUUCAGGCCAUUGUUCGUUUACAGGCAACAGCUGGCGAAGAAACAGCAUCGUUACAAGGAUCACCCUAAUUACGACUACCGUUCGUUUCGAACGCCUUACUACGAACGACGACCAUUUUACUGACGUCCUUUCUCCCGGUGACGCCGUGCUCGACGCCUCGAUAAUCGAAUCGCGACGGAGAUCGAAACGGCCGUUUAGAGAUAUGCAAACGAGAGUCGAGAUUUUGUUUGAGUUCGUAACGAGUGUCCUUGAGCGACUCGAUUACCAUAAUGAUGAUCCACCGACCGUGCAACCGUCGUUUUAUGCCAACAACGAUUCCCAUUCGUUCCGUCAAUGACAAUGACUUGUGCGACUGACGAUAUUUAUAUUUUUAUAGCCGGACAUCACAGACGUAUCUUCUUAUCCAGAAUUUCGACCAACGAUUUUUUCUUUUUGUCACGGUUGAGUUUCCGGCUCCUGGAAAACGAUUAUUAACAACGAUUAAUGAUCGAAAUUACGUGCUAUGAUUAAUUGUAAAUUCGAAAGGAAUAACGUAAAAGGAAAUUAGUUUAAUAAAAUUCACCCAAGUCUGAUGUAGAACGAACGCGGAUCUAUGGAUCGAACGUCGCCCACAGGACAUUUCACGCAUGAACGAGCAAUACCAAAAAGUAUUACGAUAAGAUUACUUCUAAGACGCUCAGACUCGUGUAACUAUAUGCUGACUAGUACUUAACGAUUAUAGAUAAGUCGACAUUUUAUGUAUGCGUAUAAGCAAAAUAACUAGAUUGUAACUUUGCACGAGAUCCACCUAUCUUGUACCUAUUACAAACUCUCUAAAAUACACGUAAAAUAGUUUGCUAA